UAGGAAAUAGUAGCAUAUGAAAACAAUAUAUAGUUGUCAAUUAAUAAUUUAUCAAUUUGUCAUAAUAUUUUGAAAUAAUAAAACGAUAAGUUCAGUAUAAGUAUUUUGAUCUGAACAUUUGGUGACCCCGACUAUUAUGGAUACCAAGAAAAGAACCCAGAGAAGUAGUGCUGGUUUAAAUGAAAGUUUAUCGCAAGAUUUUGUAUGGCCCAAGAAAUUUGGAGAGAAAAAGGUGCCUCUGCAAGAACAGGCAGCAAAAUCAGUCGACGAUAAUUGUUUCAGUAAACCCAUGAAUGGAAAGUCUUUAAAUGAAAAUAAGUAUUCAGAAAAUCGGCUCGUAACAAGUGUCACUCAUGACAGACAAGAAGAGAAGAAAGAAAUGAGAUUAGUUGGAUCAGUAAAAAGAGUUAUAGGCAAAAUUUUAUAUCAGCAAAAUUUAAGAGAAGAAACUUUGCUCACAUUCCUCGCAGAAGCUGAAUAUAUUGUGAACUCAAGACCCUUGACGAGAGUAUCUUCAGAUCCAGACGAUUUGGAAUCAAUUACACCAAAUCAUUUUCUUUUUGGAUCUUCUGAUGGUUUGGGACCCCCACUACCGCAGAUGAUGGAUGGAAGAAUAAUUCGAAAGGAAUGGGAAAAAUCACGAGCCCUGACAGAGUCAUUUUGGAAUCGUUGGGUUAAAGAAUACCUGCCAACUCUUACGAAAAGAAGCAAAUGGACAAACGAUCAAAAACCAAUUGAAAUCGGAGAUAUAGUAUUGAUAGUAGAUGAUUCAAUGCCUCGAUUCAAUUGGAAAUUAGGAAAAGUUAUCAGAACGCAUCAUGGCAUCGACAACAGGAUAAGAGUUGUAGAUGUGAAGACGGCCACCCAAGAAUAUCGUCGACCAGUACAUAAAAUUUGUCGUUUGGAAAUUCAAUGAUAAUUUUAUGCUGGGCUGGAGAAAUGUUGUGGUCGGAACUAGGAAAUAGUAGCAUAUGAAAACAAUAUAUAGUUGUCAAUUAAUAAUU